AUGGGAGAACCCAACUGUCGUGUGUCAUACCCGACAACGGGCUGGGUAAAUGACAUAUCUCGUUUGCCCACCGUGGUGGACAACGCCAUAAAAGACUUUCACGCCAGGAAAAGUCUAGCCAAUCGACAUUACCGCCGCAGCUACAAGUUCACAACGGAAUCUUACGUUGUUGCAUCGACGCUGAAGGCUUGCUACAAGGACGAAACCCUUGGUUCGCUGCGAUUUUUGGCACUGCUGCAGCUGAAAGGCUUUAAAGAGGCACCGGCUGAGCUUUCCUGCACAGAUUUACCACAAAAAUGGCGAGUGCCAAGGCAACAAGUUGUUAACGGUUCUGCAGUACAGGCGGUUGACUGGAGGCGACCAGAAGAAAGCGGAAACGAGAACAGGAUCCCUGUGCGACUUUACGACGCAAGAAAGAAGGCACAAUCUAAGGAAGAGGAAACCGAAGCUAUAAAACGAUUUGGGAGAGCCCUUGCAUUGCUCGACGGAAACGAAGUUCGGACAGUCUCUUUGUGGGGCACCUUUAACGUACCAACAAUCACUGACGCCAUCGGGGAGUCCUUCUUGUCUCCAAACUUUCGUGGGACACACUGUGAGCUUCAGGAUGCCUUUAGUGCCACCUUUUACAGGAACAGCAAUCCCUGGAAAGUUCCUGAUAGCCUCCCUACGCCAUACCAAGCCAUUCUGAUGCCGCUGUGCUUGACACCGAGUGCUGCAAGGGACCUAGAAAAGAACUCACGGCAGCAGAGUACCAGCGCAACAUGGAAUGAAGCCAGGAAUCGCCGAGUGACAGCAUCAAAUUUUGGCACCAUCUUGAAACGAACAACAUGGACAAGACGAGGGCUGGAUAACCUUUUCAGGCGAAAGGAUCUCUCCAGAGUUCGUGCUGUCCAAUAUGGCAUCAGCAAUGAGGCCGCGGCUGUCCAGCGUUACAGACCAGUCAUGUGCUCAGUUGGCCAUGACGUUGCUCUAUUAUCCUGUGGACUGUUUGUCGACCCUGCAACUCCAUGGCUCGGUGCUACACCGGAUAGGAUUGUCUUUGAUCCCACCGAGAGGAGCCCACACGGCGUGCUGGAAGUUAAGUGCCCCUAUUCACUCCGUGACACACCAGGGGAACUACUUAAGGAGCAAAGAUUUUAUAUGACAUUCAACAACGAGCACCCCCAGCUUAGAAGGGACCACGACUAUUAUGCCCAGGUUAUUGGCCAAAUGGGACUAACAGGUUUGCAGUGGGCAGACUUUGUGAUGUAUGGGCCCGGAUUUCUGACCGUGGAAAGGAUCAGAUAUGAUGAACAGGAAUGGGGUGAUAUGAAGGCGAAGCUCACAACGUUUUAUUUCAGUGAUGCCCUACCAUAUUUUGCAAGGCAGGAAUGUUCAUAGGCUUGCACCACAUUUGUAAUGUGCUUGUUGAAAGAUAGGAUGAUAAGAUAAGAUAAGAUAAGAUAAGAUGUUGAUAGAUAGCAGCGCUAGAACAAACUUUUGUUAUGUAUUAAUAAACUUUUAAAACUUGAA